CCUUAGGAGAGGACAGACAGAGGCUGUCUCCCCUCACCGGCUCUUUCCCACUGCGCCUCAGGAGAACUGUUUGAUUUGGAAAUCUAUGCUGCCUGUCCGGAAUAUGAAAUUUGGCAUACUCCUUUUGUGGUGGGGAUGGGUUCUGGCCGCUGAGAGCACAGUGCACUGGCCAGGAAGAGACGUCCAUGAGCCAUCUAGGAAAGGCAGCAGACCUCAGAGACAGAGACGAGGAGCACACGACGAUGCCCACAAGCAAGGCAGCCCGAUUCUGAAACGAAGCUCCGACAUAACCAAGUCACCUCUCACCAAGUCCGAGCAGCUGCUGCGGAUAGAUGACCACGAUUUCAGCAUGAGGCCUGGCUUUGGAGGCCCGGCCAUUCCUGUGGGUGUGGAUGUGCAAGUGGAAAGCUUGGACAGCAUUUCAGAGGUGGACAUGGACUUUACCAUGACCCUCUAUCUGAGGCACUACUGGAAGGAUGAGAGGUUGUCUUUUCCCAGCACGAACAAUCUCAGCAUGACGUUUGACGGCCGGCUUGUGAAGAAGAUCUGGGUUCCGGACAUGUUCUUCGUGCACUCCAAACGCUCCUUUAUCCAUGACACCACCACGGACAACGUCAUGCUGAGGGUGCAGCCAGAUGGAAAAGUGCUAUACAGCCUCAGAGUCACAGUGACAGCGAUGUGCAACAUGGACUUCAGCAGGUUCCCCCUGGACACGCAGACCUGCUCCCUGGAAAUUGAAAGCUAUGCCUACACGGAAGAUGACCUCAUGCUAUACUGGAAAAAAGGCAAUGACUCCUUAAAGACAGACGAGAGGAUCUCGCUCUCUCAGUUCCUCAUUCAGGAAUUCCACACCACGACCAAGCUAGCCUUUUACAGCAGCACAGGCUGGUACAACCGUCUGUACAUUAAUUUCACGUUGCGUCGCCACAUCUUCUUCUUCUUGCUCCAGACCUACUUCCCUGCCACCCUGAUGGUCAUGCUGUCCUGGGUAUCCUUCUGGAUCGACCGCAGAGCUGUGCCGGCCAGAGUCCCCUUAGGCAUCACAACCGUGCUGACGAUGUCCACCAUCAUCACGGGCGUGAACGCCUCCAUGCCCCGAGUGUCCUACAUCAAGGCCGUGGACAUCUACCUCUGGGUCAGCUUCGUGUUUGUGUUCCUCUCGGUGCUGGAGUAUGCGGCUGUCAACUACCUGACCACAGUGCAGGAGCGGAAGGAACGGAAGCUACGGGAGAAGAUCUCCUGCAACUGUGGGCUGCCCCAACCCCGAGCAGUGAUGCUGGACGGCAGCUACAGUGACGGGGAGGUGAACGACCUGGGUGGCUACAUGCCUGAGACGGGGGAGAAGCCUGACAGGAUGAUGGUGCAGCUGACCCUGGCCUCCGAGAGGGGCUCUCCUCAGAGGAAAAGCCAGAAAGGCAGCUAUGUGAGCAUGAGGAUCAACACCCACGCCAUCGAUAAAUACUCCAGGGUCAUUUUCCCAGCCGCGUACAUUUUAUUCAAUCUGAUAUACUGGUCAAUUUUCUCCUAGAUGCCUGUAAUUCUGUAAAUCUCACCUUCUUCACAGUUUGCGUGC